AUGAGAACAUCCAUCUCGAUUGCAUUAGUAAUCUUUGCUUAUAUCUCUACAACUUUGGCCACUUUAGUUCUUGAUUUAGAAGCCCCCUUUUAAAACUUUACCUGUUUUAAAAGUCCUGGAUAUUCUUUUGUUAUUGUUAAAGGAUAUAAGAGCCAUGGCUCAGUUGAUACAGAAGGUUAUUAAAAUCUUAUGAAUACCAAAGCUGCAGGUUUAAUUAGUGAUGUCUAUUUCUUGCCUUGCAAAAGAAGUAUAUUUCAAUUAUUAUGUUUUGCUAAAAGAAGUUCAAUUUAUUAUUAAUAGGAAAGAGUGUUCAUGCUUAGGUGACUAUUUUUGAUAAUUUUGAGUGUCUUUACAUAAUAUAUAUCUAUAUUUGGUUCAGAAUAUGGAACUGUUUGGAUUGGUGUUGAAUACAAUCCAUACCCAUGGUGUGAAUAGAAUCUUUCAGAUUACUCAGAAAACUGCCUAUUCUUUUAAGACAUUGUUAAUUUAUUUACAGCCAAAAAGAGAUUAGUAGGAAUCUAUUCCUCUUAAUAUUAAUGGUCAAAAUUUAUGGGAUCAGCCUCAGCUUGUGCCAAAUUUACAUCUCAUCCUCUUUGGUAUGCUCAUAAAGACUAUAAUCUAUCCUUCAGUGAUUAUGCCAAAUAAGCUUUCGGUGGAUGGACUAAACCAUCCAUCAAAUAAUAUAAUCAUUACUCAAAUGUAUGUUAUGUUGGAGAAGGAUUGA